CUCGUUGCACAACGUGAGAACAUGGCGACCUCCUAUGUGCUUGCACUUUGGGGAAUUAUUUCUUAAUUUACUGAAGACUUCAUCCACCAAAAUUUUCCAGCUUUAACUGUUGACGAUGUCCCUGAGGCCACGGCGUGUUGACUUUGACACAACCUGGGUCAACUUACUUGAGACUGUGAAGGGGGUCAUCACAUGUGCCCAGGUACCUCGAGCUACCUGGAAUGACAGAUUCUCAGAUGUAUAUGCCCUCUGUGUAGCCUGCCCUGAGCCCCUAGGGGACCGGCUCUACCAAGAGACUAAGAACUUCCUUGAGACCCAUGUGGAGACACUACAUAAGAAUGUAGUUGAUGGUGGAGAAAAGAACUUCCUGUCAUUGUACCACACCCAUUGGGUACAAUAUAGCAAAGGGUCCAGCUUCCUCAACCAGCUGUAUGGAUAUCUGAACACGACCUAUAUAAAGAAACAGAAAUACAGUGAUGCGGACCUCAGCUACGGAGGAUUCUCUAUUGAGUCGUCCGACCAGAUGUUGGAGAUCGGGGAGCUUGCCCUGGACACGUGGAAGCGUCUGAUGGUGGAGCCCCUUAAGGAUGCACUUGUGCGUCUGAUUUUGGUCGAUGUAUGGCAGGACCGAUGUAAUGGCACAGUGAACCAGACAAUUCUCCAUGGCGUCAUCAAUUCAUUUGUGAAUGUAGAGGACUACAAAAAGAAACACCCUCUCCAACUGUAUGAGGAUAUAUUUGAGAAACCAUUCCGGAAGGAGACAGGCGAUUACUACAGACAGGAAGCAGCCAAGCUGAAGGAUGAGUGUAAUUGUUCGGAUUACAUGGAAAAGGUGAUAUUGAAAUUAGACAAUGAGGAUUUCCGUAGUCGAAAGUUCCUUCAUCCAAGCUCAUACAAUAAAAUCACGUUUGAGUGCCAACAACGUAUGGUUGCCGAUCACCUACAGUUUCUACAUGGAGAAUGCAAAGAGAUGGUCAAGUUGAAACAAACCAAAGACUUGUCUAAUAUGUACCGUCUACUGAAGCCGAUCAACGGUGGACUUGGAGUCCUGAUACAGGAAGUUGAGUCACACAUUCGGCGGACGGGACUGGAGGCAGUCAAAAACCUUAAGGGUGAAAAUAUACCAGCCCAGUUUGUAGAAUCAAUGUUGGAGGUCCACAAACAUUAUACGGAGCUGAUACAACAAACAUUUCAGACGGACCAACAGUUUGUGGGAGCUCUGGACAAGGCCUGUGCGGCAGCAAUAAAUUACCGACACAAUCCAAAACACCCGUGUAAAUCAGCUGAGCUGCUGGCUAAAUACUGUGAUAACUUACUAAAGAAGAGCUCCAAGGGAAUCUCGGAGAUGGAGUUGGAUGACAAGUUGUCUAGUUGUAUCACAGUCUUUAAAUAUCUGGACGAUAAAGAUGUUUUCCAACGGUUUUACUCUCGGAUGUUGGCCAAGAGGUUAAUAUUCUCACAGUCUGCCUCCAUGGAUGCUGAGGAGGCAAUGAUAAAUAAACUCAAGCAAGCAUGCGGGUACGAGUUCACCAAUAAGCUGCACCGAAUGUUUACAGACAUGAGCAUCAGCAUGGGUCUCAACAACGACUUCAGCGAGUUUAACAGAGGCAAAGAUAACAAAGACCUGGGGGUCAACUUCACCAUCAUGGUCUUACAGGCGGGAGCUUGGCCUAUAGGACAGAGCAACCUUCCAACGUUUGCCAUUCCGCAAGAGUUAGAACGAAGUGUUAGAAUGUUUGAGACAUUCUAUAAUGGAAAAUUUAGUGGUAGAAAAUUGACAUGGAUGCAUAAUUUCUGUAGUGCUGAAUUAAAAUUUAACUACUUGAAACGGCCAUUCAUUGUCACCAUGGGAACGUUCCACAUGGCCAUGUUACUGCUGUUUAACACGUGUGACAGGCUGACCUUCACAGAGCUCAUGGAGAACACCAAGUUACCAGAGAAGGAGCUUGUCAAGCAGGUCCAGGGGCUCAUCGACACAAAGCUUAUUGUUGCUACGGGAGACAAAGGCGACUUAUGUCGAUGUUCAUUUGACCUCAACAUGGAGUACACAAAUAAACGCACGAAGUUCAAGAUUGCCAGCUUAGGUCAACGCGAGUCUCCACAGGAAGUAGAAAGUACCCACAAUGCUGUAGAUGAGGACAGAAAGAUGUAUCUACAAGCGGCCAUUGUCCGAAUCAUGAAGGCGAGAAAGAUACUAAAGCACACUAUGUUGAUACAGGAGGUGAUCAGCCAAGCACGAGCGCGGUUUACACCAAAUAUUCCUAUGAUUAAAAAGUGUAUAGAAGCAUUGAUAGACAAACAGUAUCUGGAACGGACUCCGAACUCGUCAGACGAGUAUCGCUACGUAGCAUAGCAUCACUUAGCAACAUAAUUGGGAGGGGUGAGAGGGAGGGACACUGGGUAGUACCAUGUGAUACUUAGUCGAUAUAGUGUCUUCACGUUAUAUCAACUUGUUUUCUGGAUUUAGCCAAGGACAGGAUGUUCGUGAUGGAAUGGCUGGAAGGAGUCACGUGAUCAGUGUUUAUCAUGUGAUCAGGGUGUCAUGUGAUAUUUGCAAGUAGUCUGUCUGAAAGUGAUCAUGUUAAACAAAUUAUUUCAGAGGAUGCAUACCAGUGUGAUGUGAGGAUAUGUGUUGGUGUUAUAUAUUCAUCUUCGCUGGAUUACAAAAGCUUCUAUACAGAAAAAGUUGUGACAUUUUACUACAAAUUUAAAACUUUAGUUACUAAAUCUAAAUCAUGGCCUUAGAAAUCUUACUCCAAUAUUUGUAUGGAAGGUUGAACAGCUCUGAUUUGCCAGAAGGUCUGCAUGGAAUCUUAAAAAGUCUCACCUGAAACAAAUGUUUUCUCAUUUUCGAGAUGCUGACAGAUUUAGCCCAAUGAUAUUUGUUUUCUUUGUAGCAGGCAAAACUUAUUUGUAAUAACUACUUUAAGUUGUUUCAGAACGAGACUUUUUUUUUUUUUUUUUUUCCGUUACAGCGCUAGACAGUUUUCUUCAGUCCCACUGAUAACAAUACAGACGACAUGACCUAGUUAUGACCUGUUGUGGCUGUGACCUAUAGUUACGACUUGUGUGUGUUAACAUUUAUUGUUAAGGUUGACAUGUUCGACCUUUGAACUCUUGCUGGAGUCCUGACUUCUAAGUUAUAUUACAGAACAUUUUGUACAUGUAUAUAUGCAUUUGAAAUAAAUGCCAUUGUUAUGCUGACAGUGACAUCACGAGA